CCGACGGUCCGUUUUCUUUAUCUUGUUCUUUUGUCGGUGUGGCUUCCCUGGGCAGGCAGGCCAUCCUCUUCGCCAAAAUCAAAUCUGAUCCCUAUGAUACUAAUUAUGAGAACCGAUUCAUUUAGCCACAAAGGUCAGGAAGGUCAAAGCUAAAAGAAAAAAAAUAUAUAAAAAAGCCACGCCCCCCAAAAUAGGAAAAAAGGGGGGGAAACACCAAAUCAGAAAAUCAAGUUUCCUGUGUUGUGAUUAUCGACCCCGAGUGCUUACCACCUGACCUCUCCUGACCCGGCGCUGACCUCCCGAACCUCGUCGCUACAGCCGCCACCACCUCCUCCUUCGUCGACGCCUCUUCCUCCUCCUCCUCCACCUCCUCCUCGCCAGGAUGUACCGGCAGGUGAAGCUCCCGAAACCGAAGCCUCCCGCCGACUUCGCCGACUGCUUCGACGUCGACACGCCGCAGCCGACCUUCGGGGACAACGUGGCCUCCUGGUUCAACGACGCCGUGCACCACGCCCGCCUCAAGCACCACGCGCGGAAAGGUUCGGCUGACUCGAACUAUUCCCAGCCGUCCUCGGACCUAUCUCUGGACGAGGAGAGAGAGAACCUACGCCGUGAGACCGAACGACAGGCGCUCUCCCAGCUUGAGAAGGCCAGGUGUGGUUAUGCCGUAAGUAGCCUAAGAAUGGUGAAAUCUGACCCUAAAUAA